AUGCAAGAUGCUUUGCUGGUUGGCCCUGGGGUUGUAGUAUCUAAAGCUAUUGAUUUAGUCUCUUGGAUCACCACACUUAUUAACCAUAAAGAUAAUACCAAAAAGUCUGAUAAAACUCUACAAGCAAUUCAGCGUGUAGGACAAGCUGUCAACUUGGCAGUUGGAAGAUUUGUUAAAGUAGGGGAAGCUAUAGCCAAUGAAAACUGGGAUUUGAAAGAAGAAAUUAAUAUUGCCUGCAUUGAGGCUAAACAAGCAGGAGAAACAAUUGCAGCACUCACAGAUGUGACCAAAUUGAACCAUGUGGAAUCGAGUGGUCAGAUCACAAUUUUGACAGACAAAACAGGAGUUGUGCAGGCCGCCAGGCUGCUGCUCUCCUCAGUGACAAAAGUGUUGCUGCUGGCAGACCGAGUAGUCAUCAAGCAGAUAGUGACAUCAAGAAACAAGGUUCUUGCAACCAUGGAGAGACUAGAGAAAGUAAACAGCUUUCAGGAGUUUGUUCAGAUAUUCAGCCAGUUUGGAAAUGAAAUGGUGGAGUUUGCACAUCUAACGGGAGACAGACAAAAUGAUUUGAAAGAUGAAAAGAAAAAGGCCAGCAUGGCCGUGGCGAGGGCCGUGCUUGAAAAGGGCACCAUGAUGCUCCUCACGGCUUCAAAGACAUGUCUCAGGCAUCCCAGCUGUGACUCAGCCCACAAAAACAAAGAAGGAGUGUUUGACCGGAUGAGAGUGGCCCUGGAUAAGGUCAUUGAGAUAGUCACUGAGAGCAAACCAAAUGGAGAAACUGACAGGUCAUCUGUCAGCGUGUUUACUGGGAUUAAAGAAUUGAAGUUGAACAUUGAAGCCCUUUGGGAGAAUCUCUACUUUGAGUCCAAGGAGAACCUUGCUGCUGCAUUGGAGGUCAUCUUGGAGCGUGUGGAGGACUUCACUGAUUCUGCCUACACAAGCCAUGAGCACAGGGAACGCAUCUUGGAGCUAUCUACUCAGGCGAGAACAGAACUGCAACAGUUCAUUUCCGUUUGGAUGCAAGCUCAAAGCAGGAAGACAAAGAGUGCUGCCGAGGAGCUGGAACUCACCGUUCUGAGGGUCAGCCACAGUCUCAACCAGCUGAGAAAAGAGCUUCAUCAUACAGCGAUGCAGCUGGCAGCCGACCUGUUAAAAUUCCAUGCUGAUCAUGUGGUUUUAAAAGCAUUAAAACUUACUGGAGUAGAAGGAAAUUUGGAAGCGUUGGCUGAAUAUGCCUGUAAACUCUCUGAGCAAAAAGAACAGCUUGUUGAGACGUGUCGACUGUUGCGGCAUGUAUCUGGCACGGAACCCCUUGAAAUAACCUGCAUACAUGCAGAAGAGACAUUUCAGGUGACUGGCCCACAGAUCAUUUCUGCUGCUGAGACAUUGACGCUGCAUCCAUCUAGCAAAAUCGCUAAGGAAAACCUGGACGUGUUUUGUGAGGCUUGGGAAUCUCAGAUUAGUGACAUGGCAACGCUGCUACGAGAGAUCAGUGAUGUGUUUAAAGGAAGACGAGGAGAGAAGUACGACCAUCUUUCACUUCCAAGGCCCAUGAAGAAUAAUGCAAACCUGAAAUCUUUAAAGCCCGACAAACCGGAUUCAGAGGAGCAGGCCAAGAUAGCAAAGCUGGGGCUGAAGCUGGCUUUGCUCACCUCCGAUACUGACUGUGAACUUGAGAAGUGGGAGGAUCAAGAGAACGAGAUCGCUCGACACGGACGGAACAUGUCCAGGAUGGCCUAUUCGCUGUAUUUAUUUACUAGAGGAGAGGGGCCACUGAAAACGUCGCACGACUUAAUUCACUUUCUAGAGGGUUUUGCUGCAGAGGGAUUAAAACUUACUUCAAAUGUACAGUCAUUUUCAAAACAGCUAAAAGAUGAUGACAAACUUAUGCUUCUCCUGGAAAUAAACAAGCUAAUUCCUCUAUGCCACCAGCUCCAGACAAUAACUAAGACGUCUUUGCAGAAUAAAGUGUUCCUCAAGGUUGACAAGUGUAUUACAAAGAUAAGAUCCAUGAUGGCUCUCGUGGUCCAGCUCCUGUCACUUUGCUAUAAGUUACUGAAGAAGGUGGAAAGUAACAGGUGGGUCUCAGUGACGAAAAAAGAUAUCAUGGAUGGUAAAACCUGAGCAGCCUGCAGUUCAUCUCUGGAAUAUCAUGUGGCACAGCUGACCUUUUAAAAAAGCAAUUGAUCCUUUGUUCUUUCAGAAAUUCAUCUGUUUUCUAAAGAGAAUGCUGAAAUCUCUCUUUUUUUCCCCUCAGAUUAGAGAGCUUAACCACAGUCAUUGCUGUGGCAGUUGCUAAGAUUCUAAUGGCAGUGCAAUUUUAAAGUAGACACUGUUCAGAAUGUUCCUCAGCACACACCAAAUAUCUCAACUGUCUUAACGACAGCUGAAUCCCAAAGACGCAACCGUGAAUGCAUACUCCCUUUUGGCACCCUAACUCUUUUAUUUAAGCUGAUUAUCUACAACACUAAUUUCAGCAGAAAAUAAAAAGUGGCCUGGUUGAAUGCAGAGUUUUUCUUAGACCUGUGGACUCUUCUUCAAUUCUUGUUGAUGCAGGCUAAGGGUCCCUCAAAUGCUUGGUCACAGCCUUCCUAGCACUGUUGCUUCUAACAAGCAUUUCACCUAGUAAGGUUAUUAGGCUACAUCUGUCCCUUGCAUGCUCCAGAAAGGAAAAAUAACAGAAGUCACUCCAAAGAAUCCUGGAGCAAAGUCAGAAGAGGAAAUGGCUUUUUAUUCUAGCUGUAGUAUGCAUAGCUGACCACAUAGUCCUGGAUAGUGGCUGGAAUGCUAAGUAUUUCUUUAGCUACCAUUGCAGAUGUCAACACAAGCAUUCAUUCUAAAGCAGUGGAGUAAUCUUGCAGAUGGCUGUUAUAGGGCAUGAUUGAAUGGAACCAUCUCCUGUGAAAUAAGAUUGUUACCAACUUAUACAAGUGAAAAUUCUGACUACUUUUUAAACUGAGAAGCAGGAUGCUAACUUUACUGGAUUUCGGUGGAAAUAUUUUAGCAAUAAAGCAGAUCCCUCAAUAAAACUGUUAAGGGCCACCAGGUAUGUGGUAACAAUGUCAUUAUUUUGGUCAACAAAAUAAGGCUUAUUAAUUAGUAUUAAACAUGGCAAUGUACACUUCAAUAAAAAUUAUGUACAGUAACUGAAUUCAUACCAACUGGUUUAAUUUUGAUCCAUUGAGGUGAGAACAUACUGAUCAGUAAUAAAAUUAAAAGUGCCCUUGCAACCUUA